AUGGGAGCACUGGGCUGGACAAGGGCGCAUUUUCUUCCCCCUCUCCCUCCCUCGCCAUCGCGGCACAAGAAUUCGCUCUUCUUGGUAAAUGGGAGAAAUGCGCCCGCGAGGAGGAGCCGGUUACGCUCCCAGUCGUCAUCCAAGCAGGAAUCUGGCGCAGAGGAAUCCGCGCGCAUCGCGCCUCUUGACUUGCCGGUCCAGGAAGGAUCCCAGGAAUCCCAGGACUCCUCAGCACAGGGCGAGCUUCAACAAGCUCGCGGGCAGCAGGAGCAGCAAGAAAUUGGCGAAGCUCUGCGGAAGCUGAGAAAGCAGGCCGCGCCAUCGCCAAGCUCGGUGGGAUUUUGGGAGGGAUUGGCGCAGGAGAUUGGGAUGAUCGAGUGGCCAAAUCCGGGCAAAGUGUUUGGGACCACGGUGGUAGUCCUUAGCAUCAUCUUUGCUUCCUCAAUCGUGCUGCUCACUGUAAAUUUCCUCCUGGCUGAGCUCUCGGACGUAGUCUUCAAGACCCAAUAG